GCAGUUGCACUGAUGCAAGAAUCUGUCCACGGAUGAACAUAUUCUUUGCAAGUUGCGUCGAUAACAAAUUUACUAAACUUGGUUGGCAUUUUCACUGAUUUAUCACAGUAUAAUAAUCGAGAAUUGUCCCGUUGUGAAUUCAUAAAUAUUUCAUCAAUCUUGGGAGAUACUUCCGAGUGCGCGUGCACUCUUUUUCUGAUUGAGAACAGAGUUCCCUGACCGCGCGAUAGAAAGGAUUUCACUCGAGUGCAUGCAAACUUUCGGCGAUUGCGCAAUGAGUCUAGGGGGGUUUAAAUGGCUAAACAGCUGAGAGAGUUGCCAUGUGUAGGGAAGAGAAAAACACGGAGCUCUAAGCACUAUAAAAAUUUCCUUGUUUAGCUGAGUGAAUGAUGAAGAGUCAAUUUUUAGGGUUUUGUUGAUGAAGAGUUGUUUAUUUACGUUGGAGAAAAUGAACGGGAAAGAGUAGAGAUUCUCCGACAGCCGCUGCCGACCGCGACUGGGAUAGAAUUGCUAUAUGUGUAUAGAUACACUGAUGGAUGUGGUUCGAAUGAAGGAGAAUGGAAUUUUUUUAAAUGUCCACCAAGAACCAAUCAGGGACAACUGGCAUAUACAGAUAUGGCUACACGUUGGGGUAUUGCAAGUGCUGGGAAAAUAGCUCAUGACUUUACUACUGCUUUGGCAACGCUACCCAAUAGUGAACAUCAAGUUGUCGCUAUUGCUGCUAGAGAUGUUACUAGAGCUGAAAAAUUCGCUCAACUUCAUAAUAUACCCAAGUAUUAUGGUAAUUAUGAACAACUCGCCAAAGAUUCUAAUGUCGAAAUUGUCUACAUCGGAGUGCAAAAUCCUCAGCACUUGGAAGUAACCAAGUUGAUGUUGGAAAAUGGCAAACACGUUUUGUGUGAGAAACCCCUGACAUUGAAUGUGAAACAAUCAACCGAUUUGAUUAAUUUCGCUAAGCAGAAAGAAUUGUUCCUGAUGGAGGCAAUUUGGAGCCGUUGUUUCCCACUUUAUCAGAGAGUGAAGAAGGAGAUAGAGACAGGAACUAUAGGAGAUGUCAAACAAGUAAUUGUUUCAUUUGGAUUCAGAAUGCCUGAUGUGGAACGUUUGAGUAACAAGGCCCAGGGAGGUGGGACUAUUUUGGAUUUGGGUGUUUAUACAGUCCAGUUUUCACAGUUUAUUUACGAUGGGGAGCAUCCUGUGUCGAUAAAGGCGUCAGGUUUUCUGAAUAAUGAUGGAGUUGAUCAAUCCAUGUCUGCAACACUACUGUACAGCAAUAAUCGAACAGCAACAAUCGUGACCCAUGCACUCGUUGGUUUGCCCAAUGAAGCUCAUGUUAUUGGCACGAAAGGCACUAUCAAGAUCCCCCAAUUUUGGUGUCCAGUUAAGAUUGAAUUGCCCUCGGGUACAAUUGAACAUCCACUUCCAGAAGCACCACAUGAGUUUAAUUUCGUCAACAGUGCUGGUCUUAGAUUUGAAGCAAUGGAGGCACGAGAAUGUAUCAAAGCAGGUCUCAAGGAAAGCACAAAGAUUUCUCAUGCCGAAUCUUUGCGUAUUGCUGAAAUUGAAGACGAACUUCGUAGACAAAUUGGAGUUGUUUAUCCUCAGGAUUAAAUUUUAUCUUGGCGACCUAAUGGAGAAUAAGAGAUUCUUGUCCCCCUGUAUACUAAGUGGUACAAAUUAAAAUUACUAACUCGGUUUAUCUCGGGCGCAGUAAACGCAUGAAAAAAUAAUUAUCAUUAUGAAUUUAUUCUCAUAGAUGGAGAAAUAUCCUCCAUCUACAUUUAUUUUUAUAUUGUAAGAUACGAAUUGUAAUAAUGAUUAUAAUUUUUUUUACAAUAAAGUGCACUAUUUGAA